CCCUGAGAGUUGAGCAUCUUUUACUGGAAGGAAAAAACUUGGCAGAGUCAUACAGACGGCAUCAGCGACAUGAGAAGUGUGGAAGCUCUCAAAAGCUCCAAGCUUUCUUCAAUCUCACUCCCUCAUUUCUCUACACUCACUCUCUCCAAAUCCAAAACUUCCUCUUGUCCUACAAUUCCCACUACAGCCCAAGUCCUCCAAGAAUCAGUCACUUCUUCUCAGUGGCAUUUCAUCAAACACCUUACAGGCAAACUAAACCCCACCUUAAUCUCAUCCACUCUUCCAAACCUCCGUUCAUCUCCAGACAAAAUACUCACUUUCAUUGAAAAUGUCAACCCCAAUUGCUUAGACAUUACCAGUUAUUCGCUUGCCAUUUCCAUACUCUCUCGUCUCCCUUCACCUAAACAAGCCACACAUCUUCUCAAACAAGUGAUCAAUGCUCGUAUCGCGUCGAACAAUGAGAUUUUCGAUGGGCUUUUGAGUGCUCGUGGAAAGUUGGAAAUAAAGAGUUCAAUUGUGUUGGAUUUGCUUGUAAGGGCUUAUUGUGAGUUAAAGAAAGGCGACGACGCGUUAAAGUGUUUUUAUUUGAUGAGACAGAAGGGAAUUCUGCCAAAGGUUGAGACUUGUAAUGAUUUGUUGAGUCUUUUUUUGAAAUUGAAUAGGACCCAUUUGGCCUGGAUUGUGUAUGCUGAGAUGUUUAGGAUGAAGAUUAAUUCAACUGUAUGUACGUUUAAUAUAAUGAUAAAUGUUUUGUGUAGAGAAGGAAAGUUGAAGAAAGCAAAGGAGUUCAUUGAAUAUAUGCAGUGUUUGGGAGUUAAGCCGAAUUUAAUAUCGUAUAAUACUGUGAUUCAUGGUUAUUGUUUGAAGGGGGAUUUUGAAGGAGCUAAUAAGAUUUUUGAGACAAUGAUAGGAAAAGGAAUUGAGCCUGAUUCGUAUACGUUUAAUUCGUUAAUUAGAGGGUUGGCGAAGGAAGGGAGGGAAAAUGAGGUAUCUUCCUUGUUAGAGAAAAUGAAUUCGUUCGGGUUGAUCCCUACAGCUGUGACUUACAAUACUCUGAUAGAUUCAUGCUGCAAUAGAGGGGAUCUAGAAAAGGCGUUCUUUUAUAGGGAUGAGAUGGUUAAGAUUGGCAUUGUGCCAAGUGUUGCUACCUAUAACUUGUUGAUCCAUGCAUUGUUUCUUGAUGGAAGAAUGACGGAAACUGAUGAUUUGGUGAAAGAUAUGUCGGAGAAGAGAGUACUUCCUGAUGGUAUUACAUAUAACAUAUUGAUCAAUGGCUAUUGCAGGGAGGGAAAUGCAAAGAAGGCAUUUAAGUUCUAUGAUGAAAUGUUGAGUAGGGGUCUUCAACCAACGGUUGUCACUUAUACAUCACUUAUCAAAGUCUUGGGCAAAAGGAAUAGGAUGAAAGAGGCAGAUGAUUUGGUUGUUGAAUUAUUGCGGAAAGGGAUAUUUCCAGAUCGAAUUAUGUUCAAUGCAUUUAUUGAUGGUCACUGUGCCAAUGGUAACGUCGAGCGUGCUUUUGAUAUAUUGAAGGAGAUGGAUAAAAUGAAUGUUCAGCCUGAUGAAGUUACCUAUAAUACUCUAAUGCAAGGGUACUGUACAGAGGGUAAAAUUGAAGAAGCUGUUAAUCUUCUUGAAGAGAUGAACGGAAGAGGAAUUAAACCUGAUCAUAUCAGCUAUAACACUCUAAUCAGUGGGUAUAGUAGGAGAGGUGACAUGGAUGAUGCAUUCAAAGUUCGUGAUGACAUGUUACGUGCAGGUUUUAACCCCACUCUUCUCACUUACAAUGCUCUCAUACAAGGUUUAUGCAAAAAGCAGGAAGGUGUACUUGCUGAGGAACUUCUCAAAGAGAUGGUUAGUAAAGGUAUUACACCUGAUGAUAGCACUUAUCUUGCUUUGAUUGAAGGGAUUGGUGAUGUUGACAGUUUCUUGGGAAGAAAAGACCCAUCAUAAGGUAUCUUGUCAGCUUGCUGUUUGCAGCUGAGCUAGAGGCUAUUCUUCACUGUAUCUUUUCUUGGUGUUUGUUUAUACAUACAGAUAAAGGACUCCAAGGCAAGGAUGGUGUGUAUUGUGCUUAAUUAUGCUUAUAAGGGAAAAUAGGGGAGAGAUUUGUAUUAAUAUCAAGGGCGUGAUGGCAGUUGUCAUUUCCAUAAUGCAACUCCUUGGUGAUUCUUUGGAUAAAAAGGGACUCGUGUGGCUUGAAAUACCUGCUGAAACUGAAACAUUCACACUGUUAUGGCACAUCCUUCCUGAGUGGCUUGCAUUUUCACAUUUUUCUGAUCAGAUUGGCAUGACAGGCUACAUAGCCGGACACGCAUUGGUUCAUUUUCCCAUAGCUUUUGGGCAGAAAGAGACUAGGAUGGUCAAAUAUUCUAAUCUCUGAUACUCGGAUAUGUCUGACCAAUAAUAUUUGACUUUCCUAAGUUCAUCUUAUAUAGUUGGCUUGUUUUCUCAAAACAGUCCGGAUAUGUUCAUUGAUACUCUAUGAAGUUGCUGUCAGUUUAAGCUGCUCAAGGGUGGGCUGUGCUGGGUGAGGUUAAAAUCUCGCGCGUUUCAGCUGCACCAUUGGUUGGAACAUUACUGUAUAUCUAAGAGCUGUGGAAAAGUUUCAUUUUGACUUGUACUAGACAGCUUUUUAUUUGUUACCUGGAACCUUUAUUUCUCUGUAGCAUGAGAUAUAAAAAGGAGGAGGAUUCUCUCUUUAAAUAAAUGAAUCCUUUUUUGCGUCU